AAAAGCGCUUUCUGCGAUUAAUGUUGGCAAAAAUUACAAGACUCAAUUUUCAAUUAAUUAAAUCAUCUAGAAUGAGUAGCUGUGCCUUAGACCGUAUUAUUGCGAAUAACAAGAUCGCUGAGGAUACUCUUGCUGCAUUGAAACGUGAGUUUUCAUCAAUUAAAGAUGAAGUUAUCAGCCGUAAAAUCACCGAAAUCCAAAAAGAGAAUGAUGAUUUGAGGAAACAAGUGGAAGCAGCAAAGCAACAAUUAAUCCAAUUGGAAGUUGCAAAUGGCAAAAAGCAAAUAAGUCUACCAAAUCAAAAUAAUCCAGUUCAAUCACAAGAAGCACCAAAAGUUGAAGCUGUAAAGGAAGAAAAAAAGACGGUUGCUGCUAAAAAGGAAAAGGUUGAGAAGCCUAAGAAAGAGAAAGCUCCAGCGGCUGAAAAAGCAGCUCCUCAAGUGGAAAUAAUUGAUGUGGGAAGACUAGAUAUGAGAAUUGGCAAGAUCAUUGAAGUUGGUAGACAUCCAGAUGCUGAUUCAUUGUAUCUAGAGAAGAUUGAUUGUGGCGAGGAGAAUCCACGAACUGUUGUGUCUGGACUAGUUAAGCAUGUGCCACUUGAGGAAAUGCAGAAUCGAAUGGUAAUUGUCCUUUGUAAUCUUAAACCUGCAAAAAUGAGAGGAGUUUUAUCAGAAGCAAUGGUAAUGUGUGCAUCAUCACCAGACAAAGUUGAGAUUAUGAAUCCACCAGAAGGUUGUGUACCUGGAGAUUUAGUUUCAUGUGAUGGAAUAACAAGAAGUCCAGACCAGCCAUUUAUGAAUCCCAAGAAGAAAGUUUUUGAGACUGUCGCGCCUGAUCUAAAAGUAAAUGAUGAGCUAAUUGGCACGUACAAAGGUGCAAAAUUGUUUGUCGAAGGAAAAGGUCCAAUAAAAUCACAAACACUGAAAAAUGUUAAUAUCAAGUAAGAUUUUUUGAUAAUAUCAAGGCAAUAAGAAAAAUAAACUUUUACGUUAUAGCAUCAAAAAACUUUUAUUCAGGAUUUUUAAUUCAAUUUUCAAUCAAAAGUUUUCUGUUUAUAGAAGAUGGAAUGAAUUCAAAAGGAUGGUGAAUUCUUCCUUAAAAAUGAAAGUGAAGUGAAUGCAUUCCAAAUUAAUCGUACAUUUUUUUUAUAUCAUGAUUUUUUCUCUUAAUACUGUCAUUAAAUAUAUGAAUUCCAUUUUUCUCUUUAUAUUUUUCAUUGAUAUUCUACAUAAUUUAAAACUUGAGAUUAUCAAUCGUCAAGAAUUCUCUUUUCGUUUAUCUAAGUUUUCUUUAUAGCUUUUAUUACCUUUCCC